CUUCCGGCGACGCGCCACCCCAGUGCCACUUCCGGCCUUCUCGCCGCCCGCGGAGAGCGGAGAGGCGGAACCCAGGCGCCCGGUCCGCUUCGCCGCCGGCGCACAGCGAGGGACCCCUUCCUGCCGCGCGGUGUUGGCGGCGACUCGCGGAGCCCCGGAGCCCGUCUGACCGCGUCGUGUCCCCUGGGCGGCCGCCGCUCGCGACCCCGCGACCGCCGACAUGCCUCAAAACGAGUACAUCGAGUUGCACCGGAAGCGCUAUGGCUACCGGCUGGAUUUCCAUGAGAGAAAAAGAAAGAAAGAAGGUCGAGAGGCUCACGAACGCUCCAAGAAGGCAAAAAAAAUGAUCGGUCUGAAAGCUAAGCUGUACCAUAAACAGCGCCAUGCCGAGAAGAUACAGAUGAAGAAGACUAUCAAGAUGCACGAAAAGAGAAACACCAAGCAGAAGAACGAUGAGAAGACCCCGCAGGGCGCGGUGCCUGCGUACCUGCUGGACCGAGAGGGACAGUCCCGGGCCAAAGUGCUGUCCAACAUGAUCAAACAGAAGCGGAAAGAGAAAGCCGGAAAAUGGGAAGUUCCCCUGCCCAAAGUUCGAGCUCAGGGAGAAACAGAAGUAUUAAAGGUGAUUCGAACGGGCAAGAGAAAAAAGAAGGCGUGGAAGAGAAUGGUCACUAAGGUCUGUUUUGUUGGAGACGGCUUCACUCGAAAGCCACCGAAGUAUGAAAGGUUCAUUAGGCCGAUGGGAUUGCGGUUCAAAAAGGCCCAUGUGACACAUCCUGAACUGAAAGCCACGUUUUGUCUGCCAAUACUUGGUGUAAAGAAGAAUCCCUCGUCCCCGCUGUAUACAACGCUAGGCGUGAUUACCAAAGGCACCGUCAUCGAGGUGAACGUGAGUGAAUUGGGCCUGGUCACGCAAGGAGGCAAAGUUAUCUGGGGCAAAUACGCCCAGGUCACCAACAACCCUGAGAAUGACGGCUGCAUCAACGCGGUCCUGCUGGUCUAGCUUUCGCCCAGGCGCCGCUGCAGCCUCAGCGUGGAGGGCUGGCGCUGCCGUGCUUACUCUGCCAAAACAAAGCCUUAAGGUGGCCUGCUUGUACGAAUCGGACUUUAUUUUUGGAUCUGUCAUUGAAAUGUUCAUAAAGAUUAAAAA